CUCUAAAUUUCGAAGCAAAUUUCUUAACAGGCGUAGCUACAACUGUUAGAUUUCAUCUAUUAAACCAACAUCUUCCUAAAUGAUUUAUUUCAGCCAGCGUAAUUCUCAACAGAGCUGCGUCCCGGGAGAGAGUUUCUCUCCCGGGACGACGGAGCAGCUUGACCCGGCGGACACGUCUGUUUUCGGGCUGUGAGCUGCUGCUGCUCCCCGGGGGCGGCGGCUCUUCUCAUCUCGAAAACAUCGGGUCAAAUUUCUUAACAGGCGUUAUUUGGAUAAACUGAGCCCCGGUUGCGGAUCUUAAGGUUACCUUUAUGCCUGAAAAAAUAUUAAAACUUAAUAAAGUGCCAUAUUAACAGCGCUACAGCUGAAAUUAAAACAGCUUUUGGCUCUCAGCUUCCUUAUCAGGUUAGGGAUGAAAACGAGGGGGAGUAGGAGAAAUGGGACAGGCAUCUGGGCCAAGUUCCCUAGAUCUCAAGUGCCCUAAAAUCUCCCCCUUCUUUUUUAGGGGUUAGGGAAGAAAAGAAGGGCGAGUGGAGAAAAGAAGGGCGAGUGAAGUUGAAUUGGGAUUGGGCCUUACUUCUGAACUGAUGUCUGAUAUAAAAAGAUCUGCAUCUUAAAGACGGGUCUGAACAACAUGAGCUGAACACUGAGAGCUGACAGCCUCCUACUCUGCACAGACACGAGAUUUGUAGAUCAGAGCUGAGACUAGUUCCACGUUUGACUUCAGUCUCAGUUAUAGAGAGGAGAUAUGGCGCAGAAAGCAGUUCCGCUGGAUAAAGAAACCUUUUCUUGUCCGAUCUGUUUGGAUCUUUUAAAGCAUCCGGUGACUAUUCCCUGUGGACACAGUUACUGUAUGAUCUGUAUUAAAACCCACUGGGAUGAAGAAAAGGAGAGGAAACUUCCCAGCUGUCCUCAGUGUAGAGAGACGUUCACACCAAGGCCUGUGCUGGUGAAAAGCACCAUGUUAGCUGAUUUAAUGGAGAACAUGAAGAAGACUGGACUCCAAGCUGCUCCUGCUGAUCACUGCUAUGCUGGACCUGAAAAUGUGGCCUGUGAUUUCUGCUCUGGAAGAAAACGGAAAGCUGUCAAGUCCUGUUUAUUCUGUCUGGCCUCUUACUGUGAGAAUCACCUUCAACCUCAUCAUGAUGUGGCUCCAUUCAAGAAACACAAGCUGGUGGAUCCAUCCAAGAACCUGCAGGACAACAUCUGCCCCCGUCAUGAUGAGGUGAUGAAGAUGUUCUGUCGUACUGAUCAGAAGUGUAUCUGUUAUCUCUGCUCUGUGGAUGAACAUAAAGGCCACGACACAGUCUCAGCUGCAGCAGAAAGGACGGAGAGGCAGAGAGAGAUGGAUGUGAGUCGACAACAAGUCCAGCAGGAGAUCCAGGACAGAAAGAAAGAUGUGAAGCUGCUUCAGCAGGAGGUGGAGGCCAUCAAUCAGUCUGCUGAUAAAACAGUGGAGGACAGUGAGGAGAUCUUCACUGAGCUGAUCUCUCUUCUCCAGAAAAGAAGCUCUGAUGUGAAGCAGCAGAUCAGAUCCCAGCAGGAAACUGAAGUGAGGAGAGUCAGAGAGCUGGAGGAGAAGCUGCAGCAGGAGAUCACUGACCUGAAGAGGAGAGACGCUGAGAUGAAGCAGCUCUCAGAGACUGAGGACAAUAACCAGUUUCUCCACAACUACCCCUCACUGUCACCACUCAGUGAGUCCACACACUCCUCCAGCAUCAGCAUCCGUCCUCUCAGGUACUUUCAGGAUGUGGCAGCAGCUGUGUCAGAGGUCAGAGGUCGACUACAGGACAUCCUGACAGACACGUGGACAAACCUUUCACUGACCAUCACUGAUGUUUCACUGCCAGAACCAGAACCGAAGAGCAGAGCUGGAUUCUUGAAAUAUUCAUGUGAAAUCACUCUGGAUCCAUGCACAGUACACACACGGCUGUUACUGUCAGAGGAGAACAGAAAGGUGACAGUUAUGGACCAAGAUCAGUCUUAUUCUAGUCAUCCAGACAGAUUCACUAAACGUCCUCAAGUCCUUAGUAGAGAGAGUCUGACUGGACGUCAUUACUGGGAGGUGGAGAAAAAAGCAGAUGCAGUUUUUGUAGCAGUUUCAUACAAGAAUAUCAGCAGAUCAGGGGGGUGGAAGGAAAGUAGAUUUGGAUUAAAUGAAAAAUCUUGGUCACUACAUUGUUACUCAGACAGUUAUGAAUUUUGUCAUAACAGCAUCAGAACCUCUGUCUCAGGUCCUCUGAGCUCCAGAAUAGGAGUUUACCUGGAUCACAGAGCAGGUGUUCUGUCCUUCUACAGCGUCUCUGAAACCAUGACCCUCCUCCACAGAGUCCAGACCACCUUCACUCAGCCGCUCUACACUGGAGUUUGGAUUUACGGUCCUGGACACUCAGCUGAGUUCUGUAAACUCAAAUAAACUUGUUUUCUCUUCAUGUUUCCAUCUCAAUUUUUAUUGAUUUUUUUUUUUUCUUCUCAGAGAUGAACGUCUCAAACUCUGAUCGAUGGAGUUUUUGUUCUAUACGAUUAUGUUUUGUUGUUAUUUCCUCUCUUGGAGGUGGAAGUCGUUCUUUUUUGCAGUUUCACCUGAGAAAUAUUAAUAAUAUUAACAUCUUCGAUUUCAGUAUAAAAACAUAGAAAUAAGCCUAUGUUGUCAUUUUUAACUAUUAGUUUUGAUCUGUUUCUAUGUUGUAUUUCUCUUUUCUUCCACUUCAUGGACUCCACCAAACGACCCAACAGACCUUUAUCUCUAUCGUAUUCAGACUCGUUUCCUCAUUCAUUUGCAAACCAACUGUUCUUGUUUUCUAAACCAAUAAAGACAUUUUAA